AUGGAUAAUGAUAAUAAAAGAAAAAAGACGAAGAAAAAGAAAGUUCGAAACGUUAAUAAUAAAAAUAAUAAUGAAAACAAAAAGAAAGUGAUACAAGAAAGCCAAGAUGAACAAAAUUAUGCAGAACAAUAUGCAGAUCAAGUUAAAGAGAUAUUAGCGUUACAUCAUAUUUUUUUUCCUUUGUAUGUAGACAAUCCAGGGCAUGUAAAAAAAUGCGAUUUACCAAACGAUUUAAUGAAAGAUAAUGAAUAUAUAAAGGAUAGUAAGGAUUUAUGUGAAAAUAUUAUUGUUGAUAUAAAUGAUGAAAUAAAUAAAAAUACGUGUUUAACGUUUAGUAUAUUUUUGAAUAUUGAUGAUAUUAUAGAAAAGUAUAAAAUAACAUUUAUUUGUGAAAAAAGCUAUCCAUAUUCAUAUCCAAAUGUUGUUAUACAUAUGAAAAGCAAAUUAAAUGAAGAACAAAAAAAUGAUAUAACAUUAAAUAUAAAAAAAAUAUGUGCAAUGAAUUAUGGAAGAAUUACCUUAUUUGAAAUUUGUGUAUUCAUGAAUGAAUAUUUAAAUGAAAUAUUCAGUAAUGAUUUCCAAAAUUUGUGGGAAGAAAUGAAUUAUCGAAUUGAUGAUACAAGUUUAAAAAAAGACAGAGAUAAUGAAAUAUUUAAUGAUAUACAUAAUGAAAAAGAAGACGGACAUAAAUUAGAAAAUUAUAAAAAUGGACUAAAUGAUAAUAAUGACGAUGAUUAUAAAAAAAAUAAUGAACUUAUAAAUAAUCACAGUGAUGGGAUUUAUGAACAUAUGAAAAAUCAUCAAUGUGAUCAAAAAGGUUAUUAUGAUAUAGGAGGAGGUCUAAAUGAUGAAAUAGAAUCUAAGAAAAAAAAAACACAAAUAUUAUAUGAACAUGGUAUACAAUAUGAUGAAAUAGAAAUAAAUAAUAAAAACAAACUUAUAGACAAUCAUAUAAAAGAUACAUAUAAUUUUCAUAGUCAACCUUUUAAUAAAAAAGGUUAUUAUAAUAAUGAAUAUUUGAAAGAAAUGUACUUAUCAAAAAAUAAUGAUAAUGAAACAAUUAAUGAUGAAAAAUAUAUAGAUAAUAAUUUGAAUACCAACCUUCAAAAUUAUAAUUAUUUACAAAAUAAUAUAAUUAAUGAACAAAAAUAUUUUUUAAAUACCUAUAAUUUCAAUAGUAUAUCAGGAUUUUCUUCAAUAAACAGUUGCCUUAUUAAUCAACAACAAUAUGAAAUAAAUAGAAAUAAAGAAGAAUGGCAAACAAAAAUCAAAACAAAUUUUUUAGAAAAUAAAUUGAAUUCAAAAAAUAUUUUAGACAAUUCAGAAAAUUAUGAUAUGAUAAUACAAUGUAAAGAUAGUAAUUUUAAAAAUUUUAAUAUUAUAAAAAAUAUUUCAAUUAAUAAUUAUAGAAAUACAUUUCUAGUAAGACAUAGUAUUGAUACAAAUGUAUAUAUUAUACAUUCUUAUGUCCUAUUAAAUAUCUCAUAUUUCUUAACCUUCUUUUUCAAUCAUAUGGUUUUCUGUAAUAGAGAUUUUAAUCUCUUCUGUAACAUAUUAAAUGAUAAAAAGGAAAUUCAAAAAAAUAAAAAAAAUAAAAAAAAUGAAGAACUAUUUAAAGAAUAUUUAAAUGAUAUUAUCAAUUUAAGAAAUUCCAAAAAAAAAAAAAAUUUCUUAUUAAAAAAUUCUCAUGAUGAAGAUAAGAACAAACAAGAUUAUUAUAUUCCUACUGUCCAUUUUUUUUGUAGUGAAUAUCAAUUUUAUGCUAAUAAAAAUUGUGUUAUUACACAAAAUAAAAAUAAUAAAAAUUUACACAAUAUAUUAAAUGAAAUAAAUCAUAAUCGUUUGAAAAAGGUUAUUCAUCAUUAUAAACUUGUACGUAAAAUUAAUAUUAAAAAAAUCAUAUAUGAGCUAGCCAAAUUAACCAAAAUACAUCAUAAAUAUUUAGCUAGAUAUCACUUUUCAUGGUUUGAAAAGGAAAAAAUCAUAAAUAAAGAAGAGCAAGAUAAAAAAAAAAAAAUAAAUCAAGUGAAUGACUUAAUGAAAAAUGUUAUUUUAAAUAGACUUGAUCAACAUGUACAACAUUAUAUGGAAGAACAUUAUAAUAACGAAACAGAUAACAUAAAUAAUGAUACACAGAAAAUAAAAAAUAAUAAAAGUAAGAAAGAUAUAAGUUAUACACAAAACAAAGAAAAUAUAAAGAAUGGUCAUAUAUUAAAAUAUAAUACAAAUAAAAUAAAAGAAGGUUUUCCAUGUAUUCAGUCUUUUGAUUCUUACUGUACUGAUUGUGCUUGUUAUAAUUGUUGUUGUUCAUCUUCUUCAUGUCCAUUAGAAAAUGAUGACACGAUACUACAAAAAAAUGAAGAUAAAAAUGGAAAUUAUAGGAACAACUGUGAAAAUAUAAAAAAAGAAAUAAUUCAUUUGGAAAAGGACAAAAAAAAAAAUAACCUAAUAGGAGAUUUUUCUAAUAAUAUAGAAAGAAAAGGAUCACACAGUAUGAAUAGUAUUAAUAUAAUAGAAGGUUCAAAAGGUAAGGACAAAGAUAAGCAUAUCCAUAAUAGUAAUAAUAAUAAUAAUAAUAAUAAUGAUAAUAAUAAUGAUAAUAAUAAUAAUUAUUAUAAUAAUAGUAAUGAUAAAGAAUAUGAUAAUAAUAUUAAGAAUAUCAAAAAUGAAAAUUAUAUAACUCCUUUUAAAAACGAUAUGAACUAUUUUAAAAAUGUAGCAUAUAUAAAAAGUAUCUUAAAUAAAAAAGAAUAUAAUAAAAAAACAUUAUAUAUACAAUGUGAACAUUGUAAAGGACAAUCAUUAGAAAAAGAAAUUGAAAAUAAUUUUUUUCAAAAAAAUAAAUAUUUAAUAUGGAAUAUAUUUAGACAAGUAUUAGAAUCUUUAAGCUAUUUACAUAAACAAAAAAUAUAUAUAAAAAAUUUAAAUUCUCAAAAUAUUUAUUUAGAUAAUGAUAAAUAUGGAGCACAUAUUAAAAUAAUCAAUUAUAGUAUAUGUAAUAUGAUUGAUUAUUUCUAUUUUUAUCAUUAUUCAUAUAAAAAUAAUUCCUCUUAUGUCCAACAAUUCAUGCAAGAAUUAUAUAAUGAUAUAAAAAAUAUAGGGAAACCAUUAAAUAAACAAAAUAAUGAAAACAUUAUACACUCUGAAAAUAUACAUGAUAAAGAAUCUAAAGAAGAAGAUAUCUCUGUAAAUAAAUGUAACAUUUUUGAAAAUAAAAAUGAUAGUUUGUGUAAGGAAUUUAUAAAUGAUGAAAAAAUAAUAAACAAAGAAAAAAAUGUUCCUUUUGAUGAAUAUAACCGUAUUAAUAAAUCUUUUAAUUAUAAUGAUUAUAAUAAUGAUGAUUAUGAUGAUGAUAAUGAAAAAACAAUAUAUACAUAUCCAUCAUCAAAUGAAUAUAAAGAUUUCUAUGUUCAUUCUUAUAAUCAAUAUUUUUAUAAAUGUUUAAAUAAGAAAAAAUAUGAUUAUGAAGAAUUAGACUUAUUUUCAUUAGGUUUAUUAUUAUAUGAAUUAUGGCAUAGACCAUUUAAAUCAAAAGAAGAAAAACUAAUAAAUAUAACUACAAUGAUUAAGGAAAAAACAUUCUCAGAAUCGUUUAUAAAAAAUAUAGAUAAUGAUUCUUUAAAAGUAUUAAAAUUUAUUUUAAUAAGUACUAUUAAUUAUGAUACUACUGAAAAAAAAAUAACAAAACUAGAAUAUGUAGAUAUUUUAAAUUUAAAUAUAAAAAAGGAUAACGAAGAUUAUGAACAUAUUAAUAAUAGUAUGAAAACGAAAACUAUCAAAGAUAUGAAUGAUGAUUUAAUAAUUAAGGAAGAAGGGGGGAUAUAUAAUAAGAAUGUAAAUGUGAAUAUAGAAAAUGAAAAAAAAAUGAAUAAAAUAAAAAAGAAUAUGAAUAAUUAUAGGGAUAAUAUGAAUAAUGAAAUGUUAUUAAAUAUGAAUAAAAAGAAUCUAAACAUUUCAGAGAAACCUAAUUUAUAUUGUAUUAAUAAUUCUAUUAGUAGUAUACUUGCUAAAUAUAAUGAAAAUGAUGAUAAUAUAUCUAAUCAAAAAAAAAAUAAGGAUUCUGAGAUAUAUUUAGAUGUAAAAGGAGAUAUAAGAUUACUUCUAAUGAAUAGUAUGGAAUCUUCACCUAGUCAUCAUAUUACUUCAGAGAAUUUGAAAAAAGUUGAUCAAACAAAUACAUACUCAGAACAAUUAAAGAAAAUAUAUAAUUUCUUCAAUCAGGAUAUUAAUAUACUGGAAGAUGACAAACAUAUAUCUUUGAAAAAGGACAACAUGCAAAAGGAAGACAUGUUAGAAAAAAAUGUCAUAUUUGAAGAUAAUGAAAAAAAGCAUAACAAGAGUAAUCAGAAUGAUAAGAUUAAUAAGAACAAUGGAAUAAGUAGCAUUAAUAAUAAGGAUGAUGAAAAUAUAAAAUGUACUGACGAAGGUAAACACCAAUUAAAUGAAAAUAAAAACAACAUCAACAAUAAUGAUAUCAACAAUAAUAAUAAUAACAACAAUAAUAAUAAUAAUAAUAAUAAUAAUAAUAAUAACAACAAUAAUAAUAAUAAUAAUAAUUUUUGUAGUAACCAUAUGGUUGAAGAGGAUAUAUGCAAUACACAUGAUGAGCAUACUACUAAUAAAGAAGAAUAUGUAUAUAAAAAUAAUGAUUCCAACAAAUUACCAAAAAUAACGGCAGAGAAAUUAUUAAAUUAUCCUUUAAUACCUGUUGUGAUUCAGAGAGAUAUAUUUAAAUAUUUUCUUCAGAAAUUAAAACAUAAUUCUUUAAAUGAAUGUAUAAAUGUUUUAAAUAUUUUAUUAUAUAAUAAUAAAGAGUUAUCUUUUCCAUUUGAAAGGAAUCGAAAUGCAUAUGUAUAUACACAUACAUCUACAUAUGAAUAUGAUGUUAUUAAAAGUUAUAUAUUUGAAUAUUUCAAUUGGUAUUUAUCUAAAAAACUUUGCACAUACAACCAACCUCAUGUAUUUCAAUUAAUAAAAAAAAAAGAAGAUACUUUUAAUGAAGAAGUAGAUAAUGAUGUCAUAUCAAAAAUUCCUAGCAAUUUUUUAAAAAAAAUUAAUUUAUAUAAAAAAGAAAUGAAGACAACAAAAAUGCGUAUAGAAAACGAUUCUGAUAAUAAUGAAAACAAAUACGAAGAUGUUAAUAGUAUUGAAAAUUUAGAUAUAUUAGAAAAAAAUAAAUCCAAUAAAAAGAACAAAAAAAUGAAAAAAAAUGAACGAAAUAUUAGUAAAUAUUCAUUUGAUUCUUUACCUGAACAAAAUUCAAAUAAUUUGAAAAAUAUGCAAGAUCUUAAAAAAAAAAAAAGAUAUAUAAAAAAAGAGAAUUAUAAUAGUACUAGUAGUAAGGAUAAAAACAAAAAGGAUAGUAUUUCAAAAAAUGAAAAAAAUAAAAAAAGUGAUGAUGAAAAGAAGGAUAACAAAAAGAGAAAUUUUCUUCCUAUAUUAGGCACAUUUUCAAGGUUUAAAAAAUUUCCUUUAAUUAAGAGGAGUAAUACAUAUAAUGUAUAUAGAACUGAUGAUAUGAAUACAGAUUUUUUGAUAAACUAUGAUGAUAAAAAUGGACAAUGUGAAAUAAGUGAUAAAUUUGAUGAUACAAGUAGUUCGUAUGAUAAUAUUAAAAAAGAUAAUAUUAUUCAUAAUGAUAAUAUUAUUCAUAAUGAUAAUAUUAUUAAUAAUGAUAAUAUUCCAAAUAGUUCUCAUACCAUUGAACGAUUAAGGACAGAAAAUGAAGAAAAUAAACGAAAUAUUUUAAAUCGAUUUAAAGACAAAUUACAACUUAUUGAUAAAAACAAUAAAUUAGUAUAUAUGCCCUUUUAUCUUACUGAGUCAUUUUUAAAUUUAAUACCACAUUAUAAUUUAAAUAAAAGCUUUAUGAACUCCUUUUGUUUUUUUCAGAAUUAUUUUUUUGAAAAUAAUCAAUAUAAAAUAAUAAAAAGAGAAAAUAGUAUUAUAUAUAAUAAUAUCAUUACAUUAAAUAAUGAGAAAGAUUUUUUUUAUGGUAACAAUAUGAAUGGAAAUAAUGAUAUAGAAGUUAAUAUGUCGUUUUGUAUUUAUCAAUUAAUAAUAUUAUUUAAUGUUAUUGAGAUAUUUGAAAAGUUUGAAGAAUAUUUAAAUAAUUUAAUAAUAAAAUGGAGUUAUACAGAUUUAAUUAUUAUUUUAAUUAGGGAUAUGUUAUCAUUAGAUUGCAUUAAAAAAAUAUAUUUUUUAUAUCAAAUAUUUGAAGAAGGAAAUAUAUCAUUUAAGAAUUUAAAAAAAUUACUUUUGUAUUUAGAUAUAACAUAUGAUGAAAAUAUACUGAAAAUAUUAUAUUCUCUUUUAUAUGAUCAAACAGAUAGUUUACAAAAUAAAAUGAAGAAAAUUAUAAAAAUGUAUGAUAUUAAAAAUCAUAAGAAUAAGAAAUUUAUUAACUAUAUAACAUCAACCAUAAUUUAUUUAAAUAAUCUUUUCCAGUAUUUUAAUAAAUCCAAUCAUAUUUUUACAUGGGAUUUUUUUAUGAACCACUUACAAAAUGCCUUUGGAUUUGCAUUUGCAUUUAAUAUUUACUCAAAUAAAAAUCAAAAAUAUCUAUUAUCUUUUGGAGGUGUGUCAACACAAGUAUUUAAAAAUUAUGAUAAGGUACCAUCAAAUGGCACAUAUAAUAUCAUUUUUGAAAUAUUUGUAGAUUCUAUAUCAAAUAUAAUAUUUCAGGCUUAUAAAUUAUUGGUGUAUGCCUUUUCUUUAUAUAAUAGCUUAAUACAAAAUGGAAUUAAGUGCGAAUGCAGAAUAACACCCCUGAUGGAAACGUCCAAGUUUGAAAAGAGCUUAUUGAAAUAUAAAAACAUUAAUAUUCACGUGCAAAUAAACCAAAAAAUUAGCUCCAGUACAUCAAUUAAUAUAGAAGACUAUGAAAAUUCUGCAGAAAAUAUUUCUUCUUCAAAUAUAAUUAAUUCAGAGGAAAAUGUAAAUAUUAUAUAUAGCACUCACAUUAUGAGAUUAAAUAUUAAAAAAAAUUUUGAGAAUGAGGCAUCCUUAAUAAAUUAUAUAAAACAAUUUUAUUUGAAAAAAUGA